AUGUUACGGGUCAAUUUUGGGGCAGCCUUCGUCGAGUCCAGGCUAGAAUGGGCAGAAGAGGAGGAAAAGAAACAUCGGACAUCUCCCGAUCACCACGUCGAAUCCUUGGCCUGGUAUAUCCUGACGUUUCCGAGAGCAAUAACGGAAGCCCUGCAGGGUUUGCGUCGGGCCCGGGACGGCGUGAAGACGGACGCUACGCGAGGGGAUUACACCUUUGGCAAGGCGCCCAUGCACCCCGUGCACCCGGAUUCCUCCUACCCGUCGUGGCUGCUGGACCGGGAGUACGCAUCGCAAAUCACGCUCCCCAGCCACGCAAUCGGGUGGGUAAACAAGAAGUCCGAAGCAGAUGAGAUGCGGAAGCGCAUGGACACGAGCAGAGACGCCUUCCAGGAUUGGCUGAGCAACGAGGAUCAGCAAUUCUUCCAUAUCUCCGGCAAGCCGGGAUCAGGAAAGUCCAAACUUGUCCACGACAUCUGCAUCUACGAUGAGGUGCGGACGCGUCUCCUGUUCUGGAGCCGAGAAAAGAGCCUAUUGUUCGGGAGAGUGUUCUAUAAGUUCAACAACACUCCCAAUGGAAGUAGUUACUGGACCAUGAUCCAGGGAAUUCUUUGGGCUCUGAUCCGCGAAGACCACCAUCUAGCAUGUUUUCUGUUUCCUGGGAAGUGGGACUUUCUAGAGUCCGCGGCCGAUCGAUUUCCUGAGUACUGCCGGGACGAAAUAUUUGCGGCCUGGUGUAGCCUGGUUAGAACAGAUAGUAUCUAUGAAAAGCGCAAGAUUGCUAUUUGCCUUGACGGCUGGGAUAAGCUCAAAGAAGACGACCAACCCCAGAUGAUCAAGGCUCUAAAGGCCUGGGUGCAGGCUAGGCCGCAGGAUGUCAAGAUCUGUAUUACCAGUCGCGGCGAGAAGUUGUUCCAAGAGGCCUUUGGGUCGUGUCCUGGUUUCAUACUGCAUGAAGUCAACUACGCGGACAUGGUGGCGUUUGUUCGUAAGCAAGUCACAGACAAGCGACUCGUAACUGAGCAGCUGGAUAAGAUCGCAACUCCGGAUGAACAAGAGACCCUGGCGCACGAAAUCGCUCAGGCGGCUGAUGGGAGCUUUCUAUGGUUGUCCAAGAUGGUAAAAGAGUUUGUGCGCGGCCUUGAAUCUAGCUCCUUGUCUGACCAGCUCACGCGCUCUCGCCUGGAACAACUGAAAGAGGAACAAGCCAAGUGUUCUGAGUUCUACCGUAACCAUCCGGAAUUGGACUCAGACUUAGGGUUCAAUCCUUGUUGGGGAGAAGACCCCUAUUCCUGGGCAGGGACUACGUCCGAGCCUAUGUAG